AUGAAAAGAGAAUUGAUUAGUGUAGCAUUUUUGUUAUGGCAAUGCCAUCUGAUAUUGGGAAAACCUGGGGUUGUUGAUUCACCAGAAAUUAGAAAACGUGCAAUAAGUACGACAUUGACAUCGUAUAAUAAUGUUGCUAGUGGAUCUAAGGCUGAUAGUGCUGAAAAAUCGACAAGUAAUCAGCCUGAAACGCCACCGAUAGACAGUGGCUUUAAGCCAAUGAAAAUAACAUAUGAAGAUGUUGUAACAGGUGGCAAUUCUAUCUAUGGAUCACAAUUUCCAUUCACAAGUGGCGGAAUCGUUUUUGCAAUUGGACAAGGCGUUCAAUCACCUCCCCACAUGACAGCAGCUCACCCGCAAUCUGUGUUACUUCAAUACUUAUCGCCCGAAGGCAUGCCAAAGCAAACGGCAGUUCAGUAUGUUCAACUCUUGAGGCCUGUGAUGAUGGUUCCGUCACAACCUUAUCUUCCACCGCAAUCAAUUUCAAUGGAUAUUCAAACAGAAACAGCAAAGCCGAUUUUCACAAAGCCUACAAUAAUUCCUUAUAGAUCUUAUUCGAAACCAUCAAGUACGAUAAUCGGUGCUCAUUCUGCUCCACUUACAUCUUAUAUCCAAUCGGAUCCUCGACCACUUAUCAAACAGCCAGAGUUAGAUAUUACCUUAAAUAUGAAUGAAUAUGUUCCAGCUGCUUCAUCACGAAUAUCGACGUCAAUUUUAACACCUCAAGUUGCGAGCAUGACAAGCUAUAAACCAUCAAAAUUUUCUAUGAUAUCACAACGAGCAUAA